AUGUUCAAUCUCAAAUCCAUCCUUUUCGCGGCUUCCGUCGCUUCUGUCGCCUCCGCUGCCCCGAAUGGGAAGGCGCUGCUUGAACUUGUCAAGCGCCAGGCGACCGAGCCCGGGACUGGCACGAAUAACGGCUACUUCUACUCCUUCUGGACCGAUGGUGGUGGUGAUGUGACCUAUACCAACGGCGAGGGCGGCCAAUACAGCGUGGAGUGGAAAGAUACCGGAAACUUUGUUGCUGGCAAAGGCUGGAACCCCGGCAGUGCUAAGGUCAUCAACUACAGCGGCACCUGGAACCCCAGCGGUAACAGCUACGUGUCCGUGUACGGAUGGACAACCGACCCGCUGAUCGAGUACUACAUCGUCGACAGCUUCAGCACCUACGAUCCGUCGACGGGCGCUGAGCAGCUCGGCACUGUGGAGAGCGACGGCGGCACGUACAAUAUCUAUAAGACCACCCGCGUGGACGCACCGUCCAUUAUAGGCACGGCCACCUUCGACCAGUACUGGUCAGUGCGCACCGAGCACCGCGUGGGUGGCACAAUCACCGUGCAGAAUCACUUUGAUGCAUGGUCCAAGUCAGGGCUGACACUGGGCUCGCACGACUACUUGAUUCUUGCGACUGAGGGCUAUCAGAGCAGUGGGUCUGCCAGUAUGACUCUUGAGUAG